GGGCGUAUGGCACGAAGAGUCUCGCUCAUGAUCAUCUUAUACCCACUGGGAGUCUUGCCCAGAAAUCCUGCACUGCACAACAAUAAAGGAGGCUCUCUCUCUCUCUCUGUGUUCGAUGCCCGGCGCGCGUGGCUAGCUGGAGAUGAGACAUCGUGAACUCAGCGUGUUCUUUUGCACGGUAAAACCGAAUGAAUUGACGCUUGAAAAUGGAACUCGCACGUGAAAAUGGUGUAUAAAAUGGGACAUAAUUGCUGCAUAUAAGACACUCUUAGUUCCUCAUGUGAUUUUUAAUGGUGAAAAAAAGGAAUUGACGCUUGAAAUUGAAACGCGCGUGAAAAUGGUGUUUAGAACGGGACAUCUUGUACGUUAACGUAAAAACAGUGGCUCUAUACAUGCUAAGUUAUAAAAUCGAAAAAAUUGACGCUUGAAAUUAGAAGUUGUGCGUGAAAAUGGUGGUUAGAAGGUGACAUUUUGUACGUUAACUUGAAAACGUUUGCUCUUUAAAUAUCAAGUAAUAAAACAUUGAACGUUGCUGCUGACACGUUAGUGCCAACAGUUAAGUUUCCAGCAAGAUUCUAUGAAUAGAUAAUUUUUAUUCUCUAUGUGAAGAAUGAGAAAAUUUAUCCUUAAGAGAAGAUUGAGACUGAAUCUGAGAUUUGAGUGACGCUUCUGUUAACAAAAACUGAUAUUUUCAACCAAAGGAUGGCAAGGGGGAGAAAAUUAACAAGUUUUGCUCAAAUUAAUGAUUGUUGAAACGAGUUGGCGUAUAGAGUGUUCAGAAAAAGUCUUAUUUUUGAAUUAUACAUUAUUAAUUGACAUUGACAUACAUCAGAGACGGGAGAAUUUUGUCCAUAUUGAUCUAAUUAUCUGUGGCAAAGCGUUCGUUAGAAUUUCAGUUCGUUUAUUACCUCAUCAAUGAAGCGAGAAAGUGCAGACAAAAACCUUCAUAUUAUUUACAAGUCUAUUUUUAAAUUUACCGGCGGGCGUUAUCAAUUCCGUGAUUGAGAAAUCUGUUAACGGGAAAAAAUUGUUAUUUGCCAACAACGAGUGGCACAAAAAAAAAACCAGACUCAUUUCAGCAAAUAAAAUUAGUUCGUCGGUCUGAAGGAAGCUGCUCUCUCAUGGCCUUACCAUUGAUGACAGUGAGCGUCCACAAGGAUGAGCAGCAGUGGAUGGAGACCAUGCGGUCCCAGCCUUCACCGGUGGUGGAAUCCACCUUCGAGGCACCAUGGGAUCCACCGGCAUCACAUUUGGUCUCCCAAUCCACCAACCUUGCAUCGGAAGUUCCUCAUACCCAGACCCCGUUCACCAGCGCCAUUUCCGAUGCCUUGACAUCAACCUGCUCUCCCGGACCUCCGUUUUGUCCCAGUCUGUACACUUCCCAGUAUAAUUUUAACAGUCCUCACUUCCAGCACUUUCAACAGACCGUUACCCAUACGGAUGAUAAAUCCAACCCAUCAAAUUUCCCUGAGCCACCACCUUACAAUCCGGAUUUAAUCACUCCUCAUCCUCCGAGUCAAACUCAUUUGUCCGGCGGAUAUUACGCCGUACCAACGACUGUGACAACAACUGAAAAUUUUUCGAGAUCGGCUCUUCCAUCUGAAGAUCCGAAAGUUUUACGUAUGGUAGAGAAGCCCCAAAACCCACUGUUUUCCCACAGUUCGCACGAGAAAGGUGCUGGAGCAAACCUUAGAAGCAAUUACUACUAUGAUCAAAUGGUACUUUCAAUUCACAAACGAACUAAUAUUGAAGGAUACAACACGGAUGUCAACAAACCCUGGAACUACGAGACAUCAAAACCAUCAAAAACAAUAGAUCAAAACUGGCUUUCAGGGGCUCCAACCGAAAGCUCUACGACAUCACCAGAAUUUCGUUGUGACAAGAUUCAACAAGAGACUUCUCGUGGAGCGAAAGGUGAGGGCUUCCAGAGCCAAGCACCUUUCCUUGAGUGCAAAUCCGAAAGAAAUGACGUAGCCCACUCAUACAGCAAUGUUAGAGAAACAAGCACCAACUACAAUCAGUUUCACGAGUAUACCAGAAGCGCGGUGUCCAGUAACAUCGUCGCAAAUAUGGGGACAAACAUGCAGGUUGGGAUCGAAGUUAGUCAGCACGUGGAAGAGAUUCACUGUCAGCAAGUAAAGAUUAAGGAAGAAAUUGGGGUUACACCACCAACAUAUCCAUUAGUAACACCUCCACCUCCUCUUUAUCCCCACCAUAAUGUUCCAAAUUCACAGCAUCAUCAACAAGUUCUACCGGAUUCAUAUGACUUUCACAAUCAAUCUCAACCGUAUCAGACACUACAGUACCAUUCGUACAAUCCACAUCCAGUUGCUCACCAUCCUCAAUCUUCUCCAGGACUGUCAACUCCUCCGGUAGGUUCUCCCUUCCCUGGAGUCCCAUAUCCUUCCUCUUCUUCCAGUAAUUCAGAUUCUUGUGGUUGGGGGAUUCCGAACAACUCUUUUGGUCCAGCAUACGAGCCCGGUUCUUCAGCUUCGACACAGAUUAACUAUCAAGGUGACCAACACUACAACAUUUAUGCUCGUUCGGUUUAUAUACAAAAUGGUGGUCAUUUUUCUCCUAUUCCACCUCCAUAUCCAACUCCUCCAAUGCUGCAUUCACGCACUGGUGUUCCUAAUCCGAAUUCUGGAAGCAACCUGACUACCCCCCUGAAAGCUCGAAGACGGCGAAGAUGGACCCGGCGUCGCAGCGUGGUGCACACUUGCUCUCACUCGGGUUGUGCCAAGACCUACGCCAAGUCAUCGCACCUCAAGGCCCACAUGAGGACCCACACCGGGGAAAAGCCCUACCAAUGCGACUGGAAAGGCUGCGGGUGGAAAUUCGCGCGUUCUGACGAACUGACGAGGCAUUACCGCAAGCACACCGGCGACCGCCCCUUCCAGUGCAGACUUUGCGAGCGAGCCUUCAGCCGCUCCGACCACCUCAGCCUGCACAUGAAGAGGCAUAUGGCGCUAUGAUGCUAAUAUAUGAUAGAUUUAUUCAAUUAACCCUACAGGAUUAUUCUGUUUGUACGAAAUGGAUGUAAUCUUAUCUGCUCGAACAUUAUGCGUGAAUAAUAGAGCUCCAUUAUUUCAUCUGAUGUAUUUUAAAUAUAAAUAUUAAAUCAUGUAACACUGACUCGACAUUAAAUAUAAAUUUCAUAACGCAUAGUAUCAUGGAUGUUGACUGUCACCACUCCGCUGUGCGCAGAGUCUACGGGAAAUAUUUUACUCUUUCAUUCAGCGUCAUUGCUGUGGCGCUAGGAAAAUGUAAAAUAUUCUCAUUUUCUUGAGAAUAAAUCUCUAAGUUUGGAUGAUAUUUGUUUCUGAAACAAAUGACAUGCAAUGCUUUUGAAAUUCAAGCGUCCUAAAAAAUAAAAUAAUUCUUCAUUUUAGUACGAAUGAGUCUGAAUGAACAUGUAUAAUGAGUUUAUGAGUUCAAGCAUAUGAACUACUAAUAUUUCUCGCUUUUAACCCACUAAUAAACA